AUGCGUCCUGAGCGGCGUGCUGGUGGGCUUGGCGGGCGUCAUCGCACAGCCCAUCGAGGGAGCGCGGGAUGCUGGUGUCCUGGGCUGCUUUCGUGGGGUAGGCAUAGGGCUGCUGGUCGGGGCCUUCUUCUCAAUCACUGGCCUUUGCACGGGGGUUUUCCAGGCUGUGCGCGGUGUAGCGGCAACGCCUCGCGCCAUUUGCAUGGCGGGGCUCGGGGGUCCCGGGGGGAAGUCGCCGGCUCGCGUCAGGCCAGCCGUGGGUGGACCUGGGAUGCCGAGACCGGCACCUGGAACGAGCCCAAGGUUUAUUCGCUGCCAGAAGAAGCAGAGGAAGUCUUGGCGGGAGAGGAUGACGAAGGAGAGGAAGAGGUUCCGCGACGCGUAGUGGACAGCUACUACUACGACCAGCUUGGCGUGCCCUCGAAUGCUUCGCAGCAAGAGAUUCGGCGAGCCUACUUCCAGAAGUCAAGGCAGUGCCAUCCAGACAAGACCACGGAAGCCGACGCCAAGGAGCGGUUCCAGGCCGUGUCAGAGGCGUAUCAGGUUCUCUCGGACCCAAAGCGCCGGCGGGACUACGACUCACGUGGUCGAAGCCAGCAGGGCUUCAUCGAUGCCAAGAUCUUCUUCAGCGUGCUGCUUGGUGCGGAUGCCUUGGCCCCCUUCAUCGGCAGACUCAGGAUCAGCGAGAUGUUCGGCCAGGACUUCUUUGAGGGGGGAGGCGAAAGAAAAGACAAAGACACACAGGUUUGCCGGCAAGUGAAGCUGGCCGUAAGUUUGGCAGAGAGGCUUGACGGCAUUCGCACAGACGCCGGAAGGCUGGAGGAGGCCCGCGAGGAAGCACGAGGCAUCUUGGAGCGAGAUGGAUCUCAGCGCUUUCUUGUGGAGAUUGCGUGGGUCUACGCCAACCGCGCUGAGUGGUAUUUGGCGUCUUCCAGUUCCGCCCUUGGUUCCUGGAGCGUGGGUGCCAUGGGCUCCCGCGCCCACAGCCGUGGCAGGGAGGCAUCCCAGCAAGCCAACACGGCAAGACUGGCAGUGCGGUCUUUCUGGCAGCUGAGGAGGAUUGUCAAGGAGGCAGACAGCAAUGAACACGAGAAUCAGGAGGAGCUCCCAGAAUCUUUAUCCAGCGCGUUGCCAACUUUCAUGGAGACGUUUUGGAGCCUGUCAGCCCACGACAUCACCAACACGCUGGAUAAGGUGAUUCAACGUGUCUUGAGGGAUGGCAGCGUUGACGUGGAAGCCCGAAUCGGCCGCGCGCGAGCGCUGCGAGACCUGGGCCGCGCGCUGGAGGCAGAGGCCAAAGCCAAGGCAUCAGCGCCAGGAGGCGAGUGUCAGCGCUUUGAAAAGGCCUUCAUGGCCUCCAUGGCACAGUGA